AUGCCACUCGGUGAUGCAGGAUGGGCCUUCCAAAUCGCAGCAUUGGAUUCUUUGGUGUGGAUGCUUCCUCGAGUCCGCUUCCCCAAGCAUCAGGCUCAUACGACAUCGAAUUGCAAAGCUUUGGGCCAAGAGGUGGCAAUCGCACAGGGGAAGAGGCCAGCAGGUGAUGUUCAUACAUGGACGGGGGUCGGGUUGUUCUGCACGGAGCAUCCCGAAGAGGAUCGGAAGGAAGGACUCUGCUGGAUCGCCUUAGAAGGGCUGUCUUCGACGAACUGUGUGCCGAAGGCGAUGUGGCAAGAGGCCAGCGAAGGGUCAGCAACAUGA